AUAUACUCUAUAUCUCUAGGAGCUGUUUGUAUCGUAACACAUAAACAGAACAGAGCAUAACAGCAUAAGAAAUGAGUCAAGAAGAGCAACCACAUAGGCCACAAGAGCCAGUCAAAUAUGGAGACGUUUUCGAAGUCUCCGGUGAACUCGCCGAUAGGCCCAUAGCACCUGAGGAUGCAAACAUGAUGCAAGCAGCGGAGACACGUGUGUUCGGUCACACUCAGAAAGGCGGUGCAGCUGCCGUCAUGCAGUCUGCAGCCACCGCGAACAAACGUGGUGGCUUUGUCCAUCCAGGUGACACAACUGACCUCGCCGUCGAACGAGGUGUCACGGUGGCACAAACAGACAUCCCUGGUGCACGUGUCACAACAGAGUUCGUUGGUGGACAGGUCGUUGGACAAUACGUUGAGCCAAGGCCUGUGGCGACUGCUGCAGCUACAGCCGCAGAAACGUUGGGAUUGAACUUACAAAGUGCCAUAACGAUUGGAGAAGCAUUGGAAGCGACUGUGCAAACAGCUGGAAACAAACCAGUGGAUCAGAGCGAUGCAGCUGCGAUUCAGGCGGCAGAAGUUAGAGCUUCUGGUACUAAUGUCAUUGCUCCCGGUGGAAUCGCCGCUUCAGCUCAAUCCGCAGCCAAUCACAACGCUACCGUAGACCGUGAAGAGGAUAAAAUCAAGCUCAUUGAUGUUUUGGCAGGUGCAACGGGGAAGUUAUCCGCGGAUAAAGCUGUGACGAGGCAGGAUGCUGAGGGAGUUGUAAGCGCUGAGCUGAGGAACAACCCUAAUCUGUCUACUCAUCCUGGUGGUGUGGCAGCUUCUAUUACCGCAGCCGCUAGGCUUAACCAGAAAGCUGAUAUGUGAUAAAUCAGGCUGUUGAGAAGUUCUGUCCUUAUGUGUUUUCUCACAAAAUAGGGAACUUGUGAUGUAAAAUCGUUUUGGUUCUGUUGUUCAAAAAAGUCCAAUGAUAUAAUGUUAGUAUGGAAAAAAAAACUCACUUCCAGUUUUAAAAGUUGAGACCUUUCUUAA